AUGAGCGAUGUUGUGCACGUCGGCAGUUGCCAUUGCGGAACGGUGAAGUGGAAAGUUCGCGCGCCAGAAGUCGUCGAUGCGAUUCAGUGCAAUUGCUCGAUAUGCAAAAAGAAGCAGAACCAUCAUUUUAUCAUUAAACUUGAUCGAUUCGAGCUUUUAGAGGGUGCCGACAAUAUAGCGACGUAUACAUUCAACAGCGGUCAGGCGAAGCACACGUUCUGCAAGACAUGCGGAGUUCAGAGUUUCUACUAUCCGCGAUCAAAUCCGAAUGAUAUUGCCAUCAUGCCGCACUGCAUCGACGGCGACACGCUCAAAUCGAUCAACUGGACGAAUUUCGAUGGUCGGAAUUGGGAGAAGACGAUGGAAACACAGGCGCCGAAAGCGAUUUAA